AUGGCGACCGCAAAGAACAACAUCGCCAGAGAGCAAGUACGCGAGCUCAAGGAAGCACCUCUUCCUCUGCCGGGCGUUGUACUCCAGCUCCGUACAGGCAAGAAACAGGCAUUCGGUCCAACACAAUCAGCUAUCAAUAAAUUGCAGGUUGAAGGGUCGAUCUUCGCAGGCAAGACUGGACUCGACGGAGACGAGCAUGUGUACAAGCACCAUGGAGGCAUUGACCGAGCUAUCCACCAAUACAACCCUGAUCACUAUGCCGACUGGCGAGCAGAAGAACCGCCGGCGCCAGCACUCUUCGACAUCGGAGGCUUUGGCGAAAACCUUACCACAACCAACAUGAAUGAAGAAAACGUUUGUGUUGGCGACCUCUAUCGUCUCGGAGAGGAAAUCAUUCUGCAAGUCAGCGAGCCGCGGAAUCCGUGCUAUAAGCUCAAUAUCCGCUUCCAAUGGCCUCGAGUUCUAAAGCGCGUGCAACGUACGGGACGUGUGGGGUGGAACUUCCGCGUGCUGCAGACUGGGUACGUCAAGAAAGGCGAUACGAUAUCGCUUCUGGAGCGACCGCAUCCGAAGUGGUCCGUCAUGAACGUCCAGCGCGCCAUAAAAGGCAAGGCAGUUCCUCUGUCCUUGGUCGAGGAGUGCAGCGAGCUGGAGGUGCUUACGUCCAAAUUCAGAGAUAUGGCUCUGCAUCGACUGCGAUCUUCUCCGAAGCGAUACGCCGUCACCAAAAUUGAGCAAGUUACGCCACGCGUCAAGCAGCUGACAUUCAGCCUGCUGGACACGCUGAAGCUCUCCAACUCUGAUUUCGAGGACUUCGCUUUUGCGCAGCUUCGUUUCGGUCCGGAUCUCAGUCUGUCGCGGUCUUACUCGAUCGUGUCUGGCAACAUGAAGACUUUCUGCUUAGGUGUGGCUCUUGACGACCAGUCACGAGGCGGGUCGGCAUAUCUGCACCAGCAACUCCGUGUUGGUGACGAGGUUCAAAUGGUGCCGGGUGACAGCCCUAAGGCCGUGGCUGACGAAAAAUCUUGCGAGAAGGAUGGGUCCAUCGCACACCGUCUGAUUAUCAUUGGUGACAUUGGUGUCACUGCAUUCUUGCCAAAGAUCAAAUCGUGGCAACAACAAGGUGUACCUCUCAGCAUUCACUAUGCUGUGAGAAGCGAUGCUGAUGCAGCAUACGCCAAUGAUCUUCCCAAGCAGCCAACCACGACGUACAGCAAGACACGCAACGAGCGGCUUGAAGUUGAAAGCAUCAUUCCACCUCCUUCUUCGAAGACCAAACUCUACUGCUGUGGCCCAGCACGACUCAUGCAGGCGUGCAAGCAGCUCACUGACAAACUUGGCUACCCCGAAAACAUGGUGCAUUUCGAAGAUUUCACGGCACCACGCGGCGAUGACCUCGGCGAUCCCUUUGAGGUCGAGGUCGAUGAACCGGACACCAAACGCAAGGAGACACUGGUGGUGCCUUCCGAUAAGACGCUACUUCAAGUUCUGCACGAGGCCGGCUUUGACAACGUGAUGUCGAGCUGUGAGACAGGUGGUUGUGGCGCGUGCAAGGUCACGUUGUGUGCAGGCAAGGUGGCCUACAACAGCCAGGUGCUGUCAGAGGAGGAGAAAAAGACAGCUAUGCAGAGCUGCGUCGAUCGAGGCGUAGGCAAGAUCAAGAUUGAGAUUGAUUAGGGGCGGAGGACAGACAUC